ACACAAGUUAUCAGUCAGCCCCGGGACGCGGCCGUCUCCUAUCACACCGCUUUCCUCCAUCCAUCGCUGCACACCACUUGGCCCUGCAUGGUGGAUAUUCUCUUUAAUCCCUUUCUCUUGGAUGAUAUGGGGGAUCAUUCCAAAAAGAAGACAGCGAUCGCCAUGUGUGUGGGUUGUGGGAGCCAGAUCCACGACCAGUACAUCCUGAGGGUGUCCCCGGACCUGGAGUGGCACGCUGCAUGCCUCAAGUGCGCGGAGUGCAGCCAGUACCUGGACGAGAGCUGCACUUGCUUCGUCCGAGAGGGAAAGACGUAUUGUAAACGAGAUUAUGUAAGAUUAUUUGGGAUGAAAUGUGCAAAGUGUAACGCUGGCUUCUGCAGCAGCGACCUGGUCAUGCGCGCCCGGGAGAACGUGUACCACAUGGAGUGCUUUCGGUGCGCGGUGUGCACGCGGCACCUCCUGCCCGGCGACGAGUUCUCUCUGCGAGACGACGAGCUGCUGUGCCGGGACGACCACUGCCUAAUGCUGGAGAGGGACUCCACGGGGAGUCCGGUCAGCCCGGGACACGUACACUCCAGACCUCUCCACAUCUCAGAACCGGUGUCGGUCCGGCAUCCCCCCCAUCGAAACCACGUGCACAAAACGUCGGAGAAGACCACGCGCAUCCGGACGGUGCUGAACGAGAAGCAGCUCCACACGCUCCGGACCUGCUACAACGCCAACCCGCGGCCCGACGCCCUCAUGAAGGAACAGCUGGUGGAGAUGACCGGCCUGAGCCCCCGGGUGAUCCGGGUCUGGUUCCAGAACAAGCGGUGUAAAGACAAGAAGAGGACCAUCCUGAUGAAGCAGCUGCAGCAGCAGCAGCACAACGACAAGACGAACCUGCAGGGUAUGACGGGGACGCCCAUGGUGGCCGGUAGCCCCAUCCGUCACGACACCUCGGUCCCGGGGAACCCGGUGGAGGUGCAGACCUAUCAGCCGCCCUGGAAGGCCCUGAGCGACUUCGCCCUGCAGAGCGACCUGGACCAGCCCUCCUUCCAGCACCUGGUCUCCUUCUCCGAGUCCGGCUCCAUGGGCAACUCGUCGGGCAGCGACGUGACCUCGCUGUCGUCGCAGCUACCGGACACGCCCAACAGCAUGGUCCCGAGCCCGGUGGACACGUAAAGGCGUCCCGCUGUUGGACCCAGGAGCCUGGACGCUGUUUUUUUUGCAUGGACCGAAGUUUCAUUUUUUUUGUGUAUCCACACCGAGCUCGGCGGAGUCCUUUCAAGAACCACCCAUUGGACUACAUUGGAUAUGCUUGGGGGAUGUAUUUAUUUCUCAGAGCUUCCGUUUCAUGAGGAUUUGAGGACUUUUGAUGCCAAUGCAAGCCGAGCCCGGACUGCGAUGGACCCGAGGAAUAUACCGAGGAGCCCAGACCUUCAAUGAGCCACACUGGACGGGCCCCCCUCUUUUGUGGCCCCUCUUGUGGAGGAGGAUGUGCAUGAUUUGUAAAGAUGCUUCAAAAUCAACUCUUGUAUCCUAAAUUAAGAAAGCAGAUGUUUUCAGCUCUACAUUAAGUUAUUGUUAUUUAUUAUGAAAACGAGCGUAUCUAAACAAUAAAACCAUAUGCGUUAAUGCAAUCCUUCUAGAUCAGUGUGUGAUACAAGCUCACGUUUAGAGGACUAGUGGAAAAAUGCUUUUUAUUUAUUUAAAAGCUAAAUAUAAUCGGUAGGUAGACUCCUAUUUUGCAUGUUUAACGUGUUGGUAUAUCCUAAAGUAAAUUUUAGGCCUCUGCGGUGCGAUCAAAACAAAUGCUGGUAAAAUAUGCUAUAAAAUAGGACGUCUAUGUGACGCUUUCUCAUUGAAAUUAAUCAAUUAUUUUGACACGGAGUCCUACAAAUGAUAACGUUUACUAUUCUUGUCUACCUUUAGUAAAUAACCAUUUGAAAAUUAUAAAUGAAUAAAAUAACCAAAUGACAAUCGAAAUAGAGAUAGUAAUCAGAGCAGAGUUCGGAUAUGGUUCGUCAAUGGGACGUCCAGACAGAGAAGACGCUUAUCUGCCCUCGGCAUCAUCUGCAAACGAUCCACUGAGAGACCCUCCCCUCUCCCCUGGUCCCGGGACCCCACCAGACCCUCCCCUCUCCCCCGGACCCUGGGUGCAGAGCGCCCUGGCCUGCAGGACGGAUCCUGGCCUAUCCCGAGUUUAUUUUCAUACCAGGAGGAAUCCUGGACAGCAAUAGCCGCUGGACAUGGGAGCAUAUAGGUCAGGCCAGUACCGAUAUACUACACCUCGACAAUUUGUUUGCCGAGGCCGGCAUUUAUCCGAGACAAUAGUAGAAAAAGGAAACGCAUUGUCGAAUGUAAAUUACCUGUAGGCCUAUACCCUACAAUUCAAAUGGACCCUAAAGCCCUUAGUGCAUGGACAUAGCUCAAGCAAAUUCUUUUUUAUAUCGAAUUAUAAAUAAUUAUACGUAUUUGGAAAUAUUUUAAGAGCACUCAAAUAGCACACAAAAAUUAUGUUUUGUUUUAUAAAACAAAAGAAAUCCAUAAAAUAUUCCCCUGGCUCAAUAAAAAUAAAUCAGAAGAUAUUUAGACAACAUGCAACUGUUUUACUGCUAUCAACAGGCCUAUGACAUACCUCAAAGGUUGGCUUUGGAUGUUUAUUAUAGAUUUAUUUUAGUAUUAUCAUAGGAAAUAUGAAGCCAGAGUCCAUGAAAGAUAAUUUGAUAGGUAGUCAAUACAGAGCAUAUGUUAACAAAAAUGUAUUGUCUGGAAAUAAAUGCUAGAUUAAACAUGCAAA